AGGGUCACACGGUGUGAGACUAAUAAGGACAGCGAUGCAUCCCCCUCUCCCACUCUUAGGGAGACUCACUCCUGCAACUCCUCACCACUACAGCAGCUUGGUUCUGAUCUCUCCCGGCCGUCUGAGGGACUUAAUACAUAGAAAUUAAAGAUUUGUUGCCACCUGUUCACAUGAGUUCAAGGAGAGAUGAAGCACGUUGGAUCUUGGAUUCUUUGGCUUUGGAUGAAAAUCCUCUUGCUUCCUUCAUCCACUUCCAUGUCUGUCUCAGAUAAAUCAGGUAUAUUAUGUCCUAUCCUGAAAACUGGUAGAUCUCAGUUUCAACAAUCCUCUGAAGGUGUCUCUGAUAUUUCAGGAUUUGAUCUAGCAGACAGGUUUUCUCUGAAGCAAGCAACCUGCACUGGUGAAAAGACCUGUUUUAAACUGGGAAGCACACUUCUUAAUCGAGAUACUCAGAAGAUAUUUCCAGAGGGACUUCCAGAAGAAUAUGCUUUAACUGUCACAUUCCGUGUGAGACGAAACACCAAAAAGGAACGAUGGUAUAUAUGGCAAGUUUUAAACCAACAAAACAUGCCCCAGGUGUCUGUCAUAGUCGAUGGGACAAAAAAGGUGGUGGAGCUGAUGGCCCAAGCUGCUCAGGGAAAGGCCUUGCUCUACACAUUUAAAAAUCGAGAAAUUCACCCUCUAUUUGAUCGGCAGUGGCAUAAGCUUGGCAUCAGCAUACAAUCAAGGAUCAUUUCCCUCUAUGUGGAUUGUAAUUUAAUUGAGAGAAGGCAGACGGCUGAAAGGGACACCGUUGACUUUCAUGGAAGAACUCUGAUUGUAUCCCGGGCUGCAGAUAGCAGGCCUGUAGAUAUUGAACUUCACCACCUCACAAUUUACUGUAACCCUAAUGUUAUAGCAUUAGAAGCCUGCUGUGAAAUAUCAGAUUCCGAGUGUCCACGGGAGGACAAGUUGGAAACUAUUGCUUCAUCAUCAGUGACUGCCUACAUUGGGAGGCUUCCGACUCACAUACAAGGAAAGCAGGGGAAAUUUAGAGACCAGUGCCAGUGCUUUCCCAAUAAAGGAGAAUCAGGUUUGCCCGGACCAGCAGGUUUACCUGGUCAGAAGGGGGAAAAAGGAGAACAGGGAGAAGAUGGAUUGCCCAAUGCCUCUGGCCCACCAGGUCCCAGUGGACCUCAGGGAGAACGUGGCCCUGAAGGAAGCAAAGGAGAAGUUGGUGAAAAGGGUGAACAAGGAGAAAAAGGAGAUCCAGGCAUUGAUGGCAAAGAUGGCAAAGAUGGCUUGAAAGGUGAUUUGGGUCCUCAUGGUCUGCUUGGCCAAAAGGGAGAGAAGGGAGAGAGAGGUGCCCCAGGACCUCCAGUCUUAAAUGGUGCUCUAGGUUUACAAGGACCUCCAGGUCCACCUGGGAAAGAAGGACAGAGGGGAAGAAGGGGCAAAACAGGUCCCCCUGGGAAACCAGGACCACCCGGCCCUCCGGGUGAGCAAGGAGACAUUGGACUACACAGUGCUAAAAGUGAAAAGGGAGAAAUUGGGAUAAAAGGACCGCAAGGAAUGAAGGGUGAACCUGGAGACCCUGGUCCACCUGGAUCUGUGGGAAGCCCAGGACUUGAGGGUCAGCAAGGCCCUCCAGGAUCUGAGGGACCCAGAGGACCUCAAGGAGAUGUUGGAUUGCCCGGAGAGCAUGGCAUUCCAGGAAGACCAGGAAUUAAAGGAGAAAAGGGAGAUUCUGGGGGAAUCAGUGGCCCACCUGGACACCCUGGUCCCAAAGGUGAGGCAGGUCCUCCAGGGACAAGUCUUCCAGGUGAUCCAGGUUUGGAUGGUGUUCCUGGAACCCCAGGACCAAGGGGGCCAAAGGGUGAAAGAGGGCUUCCAGGAGUACAUGGAUUCCCUGGAGACAUAGGGCCACCAGGUGUAGGAAUUCCUGGAAGACCUGGUUCCACGGGUCCCUCUGGAGAACCGGGCAUUCAGGGCCCGAGGGGUCUCCCUGGGAUACCAGGAACAGCAGGCCUCCCAGGAGCUGAUGGAGCUCCAGGGAGAGAUGGCAAUCCAGGGCUGCCAGGUCCCCCGGGUGAGCCGAUUGCACUUCCUCUCUUAGGGGACAUUGGAGCUUUGUUGAAGAAUGUUUGCAGCAGCUGCCCACAUGGUGUCCCAGGAUUUAAAAGUGUGAAAGGAGAGGAAGACAUAACUGGCCAGCCUGGCCAGUAUGAUUAUGAAGCAAGGAAGGGUGACACGGGGCCACGAGGUGCUCCAGGAAUCCCUGGCAGAGAAGGACCAAAGGGCAUCAAAGGUGAGCGAGGAUUUCCUGGGAUGCCUGGAGAGAAAGGUGAUGAGGGUCUCCAAGGAAUUCCAGGCCCCCCAGGAGUCCCAGGCCCUACUGGACCUUCUGGAUCGUUUGGAAGGACUGGACACCCAGGCCCAGCUGGAGAAAAAGGUGAUAAGGGCAGUGAGGGUGCUCCUGGGAAACCUGGACCACCUGGACCCCCAGGUGUACCUCUUAGUGAAGGGACAGGAAUGAGCAGCUUAUACAAGCUCCAGGGUGGUGUUGGCGUUGCUAGCUCCCCUGGUCCUCCUGGUCCUUCCGGCCCAAAAGGUGAUCCAGGUUCAGUGGGAGAACCCGGACCAAUGGGACUGCCUGGCCUAGAAGGAUUCCCAGGAGGAAAGGGAGAUCAAGGGCCUGCUGGUUCUCCUGGAAUAGCUGGAAUACCUGGGAAGCCUGGAGUUCCUGGCCCCCCAGGAAUGCCAGGAGAGCCAGGUGAGAGAGGACCUGUUGGAGACAUAGGAUUUCCUGGACCCGAAGGACCAGCGGGAAGACCAGGAAUAAAUGGAAAGGGUGGAUUGCCAGGUCCUCAGGGCAUUAUGGGAAGAACUGGAGACAGAGGCCCUAAAGGAGAGAGGGGUGAUCCAGGAAUUCCAGGAGACAGAGGUCCACAGGGUGAAAGAGGGAAGCCUGGUCUUUCUGGAGCAAAGGGGGUCAUAGGACCCAUUGGACCACCUGGAUCCAAAGGAUCUCCCGGCUACCAAGGGCCUCCAGGUUCUCCAGGGGUACCAGGAAUCCCGGCUAACGCAGUUUCAUUUGAAGAAAUUAAAAAAUAUAUCAACCAGGAGGUCCUCAGGAUUUUUGAAGAAAGAAUGGCCUUGUUCAUAUCCCAGCUGAAAUUACCAGCUGCAAUGCUCGCCAGUCAUGGAAAACCUGGACCACCAGGCAAAGAUGGAAUGCCAGGACCACCAGGAAAUCCUGGACCUCAAGGUUACAGAGGACAGAAGGGAGAAAGGGGCGAACCUGGAAUUGGGCUCCCAGGGAAUCCUGGCCUUCCUGGCCCUUCAGGUACACCAGGUGCUCCAGGAUUGCCUGGCCCUCAAGGUCCCCCAGGAGAUGAUGGAAAGUGUAACCCAACAGAUUGCUUCUACCCUGUGUCUCAUCCUCGGCCUUCCAUGAGUGGAAAAUAAGCUACUUUCCUGAAGAUGAUUUGUUUUGUGGUUAUAGCUCCUUCCUCUUAAUGAAUGUGUUGAACCUUCAUAACACUUAGUUUGGUUCCAACCUUGUAGGCGGUAUGGUGUAAAAUUUGCUGAGCCUUGAAGUUGAAUCCUUUCACUUCAGUAAUGGCAGUGUCAGUAUUCUGACACUUUCCCUGAGUUCAUUCCAGGGUUUUAUUUACUGCUUCUGUGGUGCCUAUUCAGAUUUUCAUGUGGUCAUCCCAAGCUAUCAUCUUCAGAAGGAACUUAUUAUUUUACAGCUCAGUGGGUUGAAGAAGUUACAUAUUUUUGCUUUUGGCAGCAUAUAUUUCAUUCAAUCUUGUUUUUAAAGGUUAAGAUUAUGCAAUACCUUUAAGUUUAAGAUCAUUACUAAAAUUUACUUUAACCGCCAGCUACUGUACCAUUCCUUCUGAAUAUUUCAACCAUUUUUGAGGAUUGUGGAGUACUCUUUGGCACCCCAUCACUUAGGCAGACUAACUGUUGACAGGUGAAGGUUCCUGAAGAAACCUGUAUUAGGGGAUAACUUGCUGAAAACAAGGGAAAAAACUGGAUUCAAAAUUGCCCUUUCACCUGCUCUUGACAUUUCGUUGGAUUCACCUAGCCCAGAUGUUUGCCAUGGAAGGGAAUGAAGUGAUUUGUUUAUUCCAUAUCCUUGGCUCUUCUAGAACUGGAUCCACACCAUUUUAUUUUACCUGCUAAACUGUUGGGGAUGAAGAAAUUCAACACACGAAAGCUUUCUUUACACAGAUCAAACUUGUGGUCUAUAUCUAUACCAAUCAGAAAAUUGAUGUUGUAUUUAUUUGUAAUAUAGAAAGAGAUUUUUCUCUGAGAAAGAGGUUUAUUGAUAGUGAUGAAGUCAGCUGGAUGUAAUCCCUUUAACUGAGACGAACUCAUGAGCUUAUUGACAAAAUAAACCUCUUGCCUCAAAAGCCCAGAGAACCUAGAGGGCAGGUCAAGGAAAAGCCAACUAAACAAAGAAGCAUUUGACAUAAAGAAGAGCUGCCAAAGAGAUGACUUGCAUAACAAAACUGCUUCAUUCCCUGAAAAACUCUCCAAGACCAGCAGGGAAUGUCAGGACUCCCAUGGAGUCUGAUAAACCAGCACAAUAUCAAAAACUAAAGCAGAUGGUUAAUAGCCAAGAGGAAAAGCCAAUGCUGAUCCUUAGGCAUUCUUUCUAGUAGCAGACAAGUAACUAAAGCAACAAGCUUGCUAGAAAAAUACAUUUCUGACAGGCAAAGGAAAAUCAGAGCCAUGUUGAUGUUAAAAAAUACUGAAAGAUGUGGAAUAAUAUUCUGAUUAUUAAUCAAUGAUGUUUAUUAACAUAUAUGAAUUAACUGUCAAUUGAAUUUGGUGAUAUGAAUUGGGUUUUACCAUUGGGUUCAGCCAUAGCCUCAACAACUUUACAGGAGGCUCAUUUACUUGGCCAGAAUCAGUCCACUUCCAUGCCAGAGGAGUUGAGAUGUGCCUCUUGAUCCAUUACGCUCAGCUUACCCAGCAUUUCUAAUUUUUCAUAAAGGAAGAUAAAACAUUUGCUUCAGUCUGUUCAUUAGAGAUUUAUUAGGUGGCCGCCAAGUUGCAGAAGACCCAUGGAGACUGGAAUUAAAUUUUCUGCAUUUGAAAUACAAAAGGAAAAGUUCUAGGCAGGGAGAAUCCAAGACAAAGGCAGAUUUUCUGAAGAGGAGCAUUUAUUUGUCUGGAGGCGCCUAUAACUAAGUGGCUUUCAUUUUAGUUGGAUGAAUUGCUGGUCAAGUAAUCUCCAUGACUGUGCUUCCACAAACAGAUUAUAUUUUGAGUUGAUUUACACGUACCUCUAAGUGAUUCCAAAUGCUAUAUAAGCUUUUCUGAGUCUUUUUUUAACUUAUAAAAUGUUAAACUUCCAUUUAUUUCCUAUUAUAAUACCAACUUUGGUGCUCUGUUUUAACAGUUACAGAAAUGGAAUCUACAUAAAUGUGUUUCCUGAGCAGAAUGCUAAUUUAUUCAAAAUGGUGUAUAUAGAUAUUUUAUCUGGUGCUAUGUGUAUAUUUUGGGCUUUUAGCUAGUUGAACUACAAUUCUGAAAGCUUGUAAAUUACCUAGCACUAUUUUAUAAUUUUAUUUUACUUGAAUUUGUCAUAAAAAUGAACUUUUUAUAUAUUUUUGAAGAUUAUUUUUCAUAUAUUUUUCCUAUCAUUUGUCUUUACUAGAUUUAAAUUUAUUAUUUUAGCAUUUUAUUGUUUUUGUGGAUAUCUUUUUCAGUUAUGAUCAAUGUGAUUUAUUUAAUGGUUUUCUUGACUUGAUGUUUUUACAUUCUUUAUUGACCCACUUAAACUUUGUUUUCUUACAUCAAAACAAAGAUAUGAUUUUGGAAGGCAAUUUGCAAAUGUUAUUUUUAAGCCUUUCAUUUUCACUUAGUUUAUGUCUGAUUGACUUACUCCUGUUUUGAGGAUUUUUGUAUAUUCACUUCUUGUUUUAUUCAUCUACUUUUUGGAAAAGAAAUCCUAUGGGGAUUGCAAAAUGAAAACACCAUUUUUCCUAAAAUGAGGUGUGUUUUUUUGUUUAGUUUUCCAUGACAGGGCAUAGGUAACUAGAACAAAUUGAUCAUUCAAGCCCCCAAGGCACUUUGAUCUUAAUUAAGAUAUUUUAGUCUGUUUUGGGGCAGAAGUGUAGUAGAGAUGAAAUGUUCAGUAGGGGUAGAUAUUGCUAAUCUAACCCAGCAUGGGAGUGAUUUUUGAAUCACACCUUAAAGCAGGUGUACAUGAGUCAACCAUGCCCUGACUUUCUGAAAAAGUCAUUCAUCUUCUUAUCAUUCACUAAAUGCACUACUGGUGCACUUUGCAAAACCAGUAAAUGGGUGCCGUAUAUCAAAGUUAAUCUGAUAAGGAUGGAGAGGUUUGCUGCAGGUCAAGUUCCCUGCACUUAUUUUACCUUUAGCUCCUUAAAAUCAAAUGUGAAGAGUCAGGUUCACAUAUUAUAUUGUCCCAGAUUAGCCAAUCAUUGAAUUUUCACAGAGGACUGAAGGGGAUGUGCAUUACCAUAAUUCCCUUCUACACUUUGUAAACAGAGUUACUUGCUGUGCAAACCCACAGUUGACCCAGCCCAGCCUGCAGGAAUCUGCAACACCAAAUUGUAUCAGAUAAUUAGUGCUUCUCUGAAGAAACAAGUAGGACAUUGGGUCAGCUCUGUUACAAAACUGCAUUUACCUCACCCUGGAGAUAGUUGCUGUUAGGAUUCUGGUAUGCGAUGGCUGGGACCGGGACCAUUCUGUGCCUUGCCCUAGGGGCAAUCUGUCCAGCCCAUCUUCCCCUGCCUUGGCGCCUCUGGAAAAUUUCUUAGGGCAACCAAAUUUGUGGAGUAAUUGCCAAUAGCCUUCGUUCAUUGAUGGUGUCAAAUAUGAAAACUAUAGAGGUCUUGGGGUCUCCGCUUGUACUUUCUAUCUGUAUCUUGACAAAAAAUCUGUAAGCUCGUCAUGGGCAGGGAACACCUCUACCAACUCUGUUGUAUUUUACUGUCCCAAGUGCUUCGCUCUGUGCUCUGCACACCGUAAGCACUUAAAUGCCAUUGAUAAAUAGGCUGAUCUUUUCUCAAGUGACCUGUGAGAGGUUGACCUGAAUUGCCAAUAGCUGUCCAGUACCUGUGUACCUGUCCACUUUGUUCUCUAGUAGACCAUUCAGGAGGACUCUGGCUAGACUCUUGCCAGCAAUGAGAUACCCAGUUGAUUCCACAGACAAAUAUCUUUUCACUGGAAAGAUGGUGAUUGUAGUCACACCUCUGAAAUCCUGGUGCAUGUCUUCAAUAUGUCCUGCAUGUUAAGGAAAAUUUUAUGCAGACACCUAUAGACUGCGUUCUCUCCUUGCCAACAGUCUUCUGCAGGCAAGCCAUCCAAUAUGGGGGUUUUAUUUUUAUUUCACUACAGAGGUUGCCUAUUCAAAGUCAGACGUAAGGUCUGACCUUCACAUUUAUCUUUACUUAGAUGGAAUGGUUAGAAGUUUACCAUAGCGCCCUUUCAACCAUAUAAAAUAUCCUCUUAGCCCAUGAGAAGAAUGGGUUGAUCUGAUUCUUCAGCAGUGCCAUAGUUGUAUGGAUGGGGCUAGAGAGCUUCAUUAGUAAUAAAUAAAAGUCCUUAGUAUGGUGACAGCCUAUCACUAGAUCGCUUUGGUUUGGGAAUUCCACUUCUAGUUAUACAUCCAGUCAUAGGUUUUUGUGGGCCUCCAUUUUGUACCAGUGAGGAGGUGCUCUGCAAGGUGAUGUUGCUUUCCUUGCUUUGAAGCAAACUGUGUCUUAAACAGAAUUAUUUCCUUGAUAGCUGCUUGCUGGGCAGUGUCUCUGAGAAUGUCCAUUCACCAUUCACAUUACCUGUAAGUGAGCUUCCUUGAUCGUGUUACAGAGCACUUUGCAGGAUUCUUGGUUCUCCAGAAACUUGAUAUUUAAACUUCUCAAUGGUUUGAAUGCCACUUUCCACUGCAUCGAUUAUUUGGCUAGCUUGAGCAUGCAGUAUAUGAGCCUCUAUUCAGGCCAGCAUGCCUGAAUAUGAAUAUAGUGACCCAUAUAUCUUUAAAGUCUUGCAGAUGGAUAAUUGUAUAACUAUAAAAUGCCUUUUUAGACCUUGGAUACAUCUAGGAGGCAAUUAAGAGGCAAGAGAUAGUUUUGGUGAUUAUAAGCAAAAGUAGACCACAGUAAUUUAGCUUUUCAAUUUUGUGAGUUUCUCCAAGUUUCAGCAUCACUUCCUUUAUGUACAUUUAAGUUUCUCAUGGUGCUCAUCUUGUCAGAUUUGGGACCUGGUAUGAUGAGCCAAUUCAUAGCCUUACAGAAUCUUUCUCAUGGCUACUUAUCAAAUAUUUUGAAUGAAAGGCUGCCCUGGCUAUGGCACAUUACACUGGCUGAAGUGUUUCAUGAAGUAGGUUUAUCUGUUUCAUUCACUAAGAAACUAUUGACCAAGCCUAUUUAUAACCAGCUUGUUCCAUGUAAAUCAAAUUUUUCCUAUGUAGAAAUGGGCUUUGAGUAUAAUGUAAAUAGUUCUACAAGUUCUAUCCCAGUAUCAUAUUUACUGUUCAAUCCAUAAGAAAUAAGUAGCAAAGAGUUCUGAAUUUCAUGGCACAGUUUAUUUCAACAUUUAAAAAAAUGCUACGGUCACUUGUUAAACUCUAAGAAGCUUACAAAUAUUUCUUAGAUUGGUGCUUAAUGUACAAAAUUAUCGACUACUGUUUUGCUUGUUCAAUAACCUUCUGAAUUUGUACUUGUUUCUACAUAAAUUAGUUAUUUAAUGCAAAAUCUAUUAGGAGCCUAGGCAGGUACUCCUUUUGUCCACAUGAUGGUGUUCAGAGCAGCUAUUUUCAGUGGAUUAAACUGACUCUCAGACACACUAAGCAUGAAACAUUUCAUUGUCUAUAACCUAUGUUAGAGGCUACUUUUGUGCUUUUAAAAUUUAAAACUUAUUUUCUUAUUAUUUUUCAAGAAUAUUUCAUCUUUGGAACACUUGAUCAAACCAAGAGACUGGAGGUUGUGUGUUUUGCUUUCUUGAAAAUAGUCGAUUUUAUUAUUUUCUAAUAUUGCUUAUGUUAACAUAUUAAUUUCUAAAUGUGGAAAAUAUUAUCUUUCAACCAGGAAAGUGAAGCAACACUGUCAGAAUAUUUAAUUUAUAUCAGAGUACAAGAUCUGUAAGAUCUGAUAGUAGCUACAAUCUUGUUAUUCAAAAUGUUUUAACUUUUACAUUUAGAGUUUUAUAAUAUGUAUAUUUUUAUAGAAGCCAGAUAUAACUACUUGCAGUAGGUGAAAUAAGCCUUGCCAUUGCUCAAAUCUAUUCCUUUCCAUCAUGAAAUUGAGAAUUUAUUGAGGAGACUACUUGCUGAAGUAAUUUUAGUGAAACCUUCAACAUGUUUUAGGCUAUGAUUAAUAUUCAUUUCUAUUUGUGUCAACUUUGUGGGUUACAGACCAUUUUUUCAGGUUUCUGCCCUUUUCUCUGUGUGUGUGUUUAUGUAUCUAUACACACAUAUUUAUGCAUAUAUACUAUCUUUAUCCAUGGGAUUUCCAUUGGCUUCUUAGGGAAGAGGAGAUGCUCCUAAAAAGAUAUGAAACUAAUUUGUUCUUUUUUUUUGGCUAUUGUACUUCAAGGUCACGUGACGGUAUGAUGGCUGCUAAAUGGGAAAGUGUAUAUUUGUUUAGGAAUGCCUCAGGAAACAAGACAAACAUUGGGGUUUGUUUUACUAUUUAAUGUGCAAUUUUACCUCAAUGGUGCACAUACAGUGAAAGAUUAUGUAUAUACACACACCAUACAAUGAUUGUAUUUAUUAAGCACUUACUUUGGGCUAAGAGCUGGGGUGGAUACAAGAUAAUCAUAUUGGAUGCAGUCUAAGAGCAGGGAAAAUGCUUUGCUUAUCUAUCAAAUAAGGAUAAACUAACUGAGGAACAGACCUGCCUAUGGUCACACAGCAGACUUGUGGUGGAGCUAUGUUAGAAUUCUUGAAUUAUUGUAUAAGAAAGUGUAUUUUAAUGAAGUACUGAUUUUUUUGUCUGUGUACAUAUAUUAAUUCAGUAUCUAUUGUGCCAUAUAAUUAUACGUAACUUUUAAGUAAUAUUUGUGCCACUGUAUUUAUAACUUUAUGGGCAGUACUUGGUGUACUUUGUACCUAUUACAUUUGUUUUAUAACUUUCAGGUUCAAAUCAGUAGUGUUCAUGUUAAGUGGAAUAUUAUUGAGACAUUUUGUCUAGACCGUAAGCUUGUUAUGGGCAGUUAACGUGUCCCCUUAUUCUCCCCACCACCUACCUAGUCAGCUACCAUUGAUUGAUUGAUGGACUUUCUAAAAAACAAGUGCAUAUUGCUUUAGUCCUAAUGACUAUUGUACAGGACUCACACUUUGAAACUGAGUUAAGAACUUCUCCAGCAGGAACAGUAAGGUCUGGAUGCUUAAGUAGGUAAUUUGAAUGUAGUUAUUCACCAGGGAUCCAUUUACACCACUUGUUGCCUGCCAAGACAGGCCUUCUGUACUUAUCCAUGAGAGUUGUGUGGUCCUACAGAAUGGUCCCCAGAGGCUCUUUGUAAAGGUAACAUCCAGCAACAGAGGGACAAAACCAAAAUCUUCUCCCUGAAAGCAGGGACAGGUGGUAGAACUGGGGAAAAUCAAGUUUUAUGCCAUGAUAAUAUCAGAAUACUAGUUCCAUCAGCACUGAAAUAGAGCACAAUAUUCAGAGCCCUCAUUUACCAAAAAAUCCAUGUUCCAUCAAUCAGUGGUAUAGAAUAAGCCUUACUAUGUGAGGAGCAUUUUAUGUGCUAAGCACUUGGGAAAGUACAAUACAAUAAAAUUAGCAGACAUGUUCCCUGCCCAUAAUGAGCUUACAGUGUAGAGGAGUUUCUGAAAAAAACCUUUCUUACCAAGGGAUCGCUGGACAAUGCAGUUAAUUUUUCAGAUAGGAUACAGAGAUUGAGCUGAUGAGUCAGGAAGUCAAGCGGUUUGUCAAUUAUUUGGAUUAAAGACCAGUAAGUCUGAAAUAUCCUUCAAAGAAGGACUUUGCUAAGCUUUGUGGCUCAACUAGCCUGUUUCCUACUUACAAGAGAAUCUGUUGGUGACACCAUAUUCUGGGUAGCUCUGGCUUCUCUUUUUUCUAGAUACAAAUACAUCAAUACACAAGUCAACAAUUUCCUACUGCACAUGGAGGAUUUACUCAGUAACAGUGUUUCCUUUUUGAACCAAGCCUUUAUUUUGCAUUCAAUUCUUAAAUGGACUAUCACAAAAUUGUAGGCUCUCCUCUUAACUGAAAUUUGCAAUAGAUUGUACCCCCCCUUUUGAAUGUGUUGAUUAUACAUUCUAUUUUUCUAUGUGAUGGAUUCCUUACAAAUAUUGUUUGUUUCAGCUGUGGGAUUUUUAGCAGUUUAUGAUCAAAAUCAUAAAGAAAAACAUUUGGUUUUAAAAUGAAUUUCCAUUCUUCCUUUACAUAGGAGAAAAAAUAUUUAUUAUAUUACCUGGUUUUUCUUUCUUUAUAUUUCAUUAUGUGCACAGUUAAAAUUAAAUUUUCUUGCUGAAAAAA